GCCUACCAAAUCGCCCAUGCUAAAGGCCAUUGUGGGCCGAACAUAGAUUACCUUCGCCAGCUGAUCAGAUUCAUGCGUGACGAGGUGCUGCUGGGCGAAACUGCCCGCCAGGACGCCUAUCUGCUGUCGUUGGGUCAACUGGCCGAGGCGUUCUGGGCCGGCGAGCGCCAAUUAACCCACGACCUGGCUCGUCAGUUGCCCCAAGUUCUGGCCAGUCUGCGCCGGACACCGGCUGAAGGUUUGGACGAGACGGUGAUGAGUAGAGCAUCGGGCGGAGGCGAGAAGACUGCUGGACAGGAGAGCCGAAAUCAAAACUCGUCAGCUCGACUGGACGCGCGGCUCGACGCAUUGGCGGCGUCGGCGGCGUCGGCGGCAGCUUCGACGUGUCAGCCCACCAGACUGAGGCUCCUCGAGAAGGCAGUCCCGUCGUCAGGCUGGAGUCGAGGCGAGGAUUUGGGCGACGAGCCGGAGACUGGCCAAUCCGAGGAGCAGACGGGCCUCGAUUCGGCCGACAGUCGGACAGUCGUUGAGGCGAACUCGAGUACUCGGGCUUUGUCCGCGAUUGCCACACGUAAGAGUUUUUUUGCGUGUGCAUACACUACGAUUGAUCUCAUCGUGACGCUGGACGCCAAUCUUCUCGCACACAAGACGGACCACGACCUCACCUAUGACGGCCACAAGUUACAUCAUGAACUUCAAUUCGGCAACCCAUCUCUUAUUCCCCAUUUUAAGUAUCAUCUCACUUCUAUGCUCAGAGUUCAUUCCUCUCGUCCUCUAGCAGCUUUCUUUCAUCAUGUUCUUGGAAAUCUGAUUUAA